CACACGCUGCAAGAUUUGAAAAACUUCCUUGUGACAUCAAAAGCUACAGCGAGCUUGAAGUAUAACAGUAGUACUACGGACUGUGUUUUGAGCACCGGCAUUGACACCUUUGAUAUACGCGAUAGCAAAAAAAAAAAAAUUGUAACUGCUACAAACAUAUAUUUUUAUGAUAAAGAGUUUGUAGAACUGUUAUGCCCUUUUACUGGGGUAAUAUUGAUUGAUGCGACAUUCGACGCUGUUCCACAUGUUAAGGACAACUCAAAUAUGCAGUUUUUGAGUAUUUUGGCCAAGAUCACUUUCAAUGGUCAUUCAAAGGCUUUUCCAGUUUUCUGGGUAAUUAUGUCUAACAAGGCCGAAGAGUGUUAUUUAAAAGCAUUCAACUACUUUGCUAGUCAAUUCCCAACAUUUCAGCCGACCACCUGCUUAACAGAUCACGAAUUGGCUAUGAGGAACGCUGUAAAGAAAAUAUACCCGGAUAUAAUAAACCGGACAUGUUAUUUUCAUUACAGCCAAGCUCUGAUCAAGAAUGCUAAGGAAAAGAAAGUCAUAACUUCGAAUAGUAGUACUUAUUCAAAUCCGGAAUUAUUCUACGUUAUAAAUCUAUUGAAGUAUUUGGCUUUUCUUCCAGCACAUUGUAUCAAUGUCACUUAUGAAGCUGUUAAAGAAGAGGCGAAAAAUUAUUUUGAAGAUUUGUUUAACGACUUCUUUGAGUAUUAUGAGGAUCAAUGGUUAAAAAAAGAAGGUCCUAAACAAUUUUCAGUUUUCGACCGACUGGAAGACCGCACAACUAACAUUGUAGAGUCAUAUCACAGUCAACUGAAUGCAUUGACGGUAAAACAUCCAGACUCGAACAAAUUCUUA